AGCUGUUUUCAGCCGCGGACCCCACAUCCGCAAGGAGUUUUUUAGGCCUCGUUUCAUGGAGGCGCCAUGAUGCAGCAGUUGGGGAAGAUCUUUAGCCCACGUCGAGCCUCCACUGCAUCCAAUGAAGCCUCGCCCAAGAGCCAUGAGCUGAAGGGACUUCAAGAUGCUUUGACCGCUGCCUAUACCUGCGAGGCCUUGCCGAACAAUGACACGGAAACGGACCUUGAUGAGGUGAUGUCAGAUGUUGAAGAAGCCGACAGCCAGCAAGCGCAGGUCACUCCGACGAAGGCUGAGGAGGCUCCAGAGCAAGAUGCUGAAAAGGCUGACGCGCCAGAUGAGGGAGUGGUUGAGAAGGUGCUUCAGGAGGACAUGUCUGAUGUUGAUGAAGCCGACAGCCAGCAAGCGCAGAUCACUCCCACGAUUGCAGAGGAGGCUCCAGAGCAAGAUGCUGAAAAGGCUGACGCGCCAGAUGAGGGAGUGGUUGAGAAGGUGCUUCAGGAGGACAUGUCUGAUGUUGAGGAAGCUGACAGCCAGCCAGAGGUUGCUCCAAAGGCUGUGCCAGAUGAGGCUCUGGAUAUCGAGGAUGAAAAGGAGCAGCCGGAAGAGGAGGCAUUGCCAUGUGAUGACGACAUGUCCGAUGCCCCUCCUGCUGAGAACGAGCACCCCUUGUCAGCCUUGAGCGAGCAGCCCUUGGCAGAAGAAGCGGAGGACUUGCCAUGUGACGAUGAUAUGUCUGAUGCACCUCCCGCUGAGAACCCCCUGUCAGCAUCGGGUGAGGAGUUGGCCGAAGAAGUCGAGGAAGCUCCAUGUGCAGAUCCACCUGAGGUGCCGCAGGAUGGCAUCGGAGCCGCGCCGAAGGGCCCACGCGUCUCUGCAAGCUUACCAGUGGUCUCGGAGGAGACGCCAGGUAGCGAAGCGACGCAUGCCACACCCAGGCGGCAAUCCGUGGCGAGCAAGGUGGCCGAAUGCAAGGCUCGCUUGGCCGAGCUGCAGGCCAUGAAGGCUCAGAAGUUGGAAGAGGAGGACUACAUGGGGGCCCACGAAGCCAAACAGAUGAUCCAGGAGCAGGAGAAGAAGUUGCAGGCCCUUCGAGUUGAAGGUGUUCCCACUCCCAGUGACCGUGCUGCACCGGGCUCCUCCGCCUCGGCCCCGCGGAAUUGCUGGCGCGCGGGCGAGGAGGCCUCCGAGAGCAUGGAGCUCUGCUGGGAGGGUGAAAGCGCGGGCCCAGAGGGCUCCAACUUGCGCUUUGCGCUUCCCAACGACAUCUACGACCGGCUUUAUGGAUACCAACGAGACGGAGUGGCUUGGAUGGCGCAACUGCUGAACCGACAACAUGGAGGAGUGCUGGCGGAUGAGAUGGGCUUGGGAAAGACCAUUCAGGUCUGUGCGCUGCUGAACGGUGCACGGAAGGCGGGGAAGACCCACGCCCUGUUGCUGAUGCCCGUGACGCUCUUAGAUCAGUGGAGUCGCGAGGCCAGGAGUUGGUGUCCCGGCUGGCCCGUGUACAUCUACUAUGGCACCGUGGCUCAACGCGCCAAAGCUUUGCGCGGCAUCCGGCGGCCCAUGGGAGGUCUCCUGCUGACCUCCUACUCCCUGGCCAUCAACUGUGAGGAGCUCUUGCAGGUGCGGGUGGAGGACGUCCCGGAGCCAGCGCGAAGACGUGGCAGGCCCCCGGGCGCCCCAGCCGCGAAGCGGCGGAAGCUGGAUGACGACGACGGGGAGAACGAGGGUGAGUCGGAGGAGGAGCCCGUGGAGCCGGAGCUGCCCGGCGGAGAGCUGCCGGAGCUGGGCAGCACCAGGCCCUGGGACUUGGUGAUUUGCGACGAGGCGCACAGGAUGAAGAACAUGUCCUCCUUGUUGGCGAAGAGCUUGCGCGGCCUCAAGUCCCGAUGCCGGAUCUUGUUGACGGGAACCCCGGUGCAGAAUGCCCUGCAGGACCUGUGGGCACUGAUGGACUUCGCGCAACCCGGGCUCUUGGGAAACCACGCCACGUUCGUGAAGACCUUUAGCGAUCCCAUCGACCGGGGAAGCGUCCGCGGCGCCAAGGUCUGGGCGGUGGAGCUGAAGAAGCACCUGGCCGAACAGCUCCGGGCCUUGAUUGCUCCACACCUGCUUCGCCGGACGAAGACGAGCACCGGCAUCAUGGGAGACGCCAGUGAAGUGGAUGCUGAGGAUGUAGACAUGGAGGAGUCUGGAGAGAAGGACGUUGAAGGAGUGGUCAAGAAGUUGCCCAGCAAGAAAGAAACCAUUGUUUGGCUUUAUCCCAGUGAAGAGCAGGCGGCCAUGUACAAGAAGGUCUUGGAACAGAGCGAGGUGGUUCGGGAAGCUUGCAACAAGUCCAAGCUUGGCAUCGAGGUCUUCCGCGCGAUCGGUUUGCUGAAGCGUCUCUGCAACCAUCCGCUCUUGCUCUUGCAGAUCCCCAAAGUCAAGGACUGGGCCGAACUGCUCAAAGAGGUGCAAGACACGGUGCCGCAGGAGGCACAGCCCGAGGCCUCCGCUGGACUCUCUGAGCCCUCCGAAGUGGAGCCGGCGGACGAGGUCCUUGCUGGCGAUGCCGAGGCCGAGGCCGCCGCCGGCGACCAGGCCGUUCCGAGCGGCGACGAGAGCGGUGAGGCGGCUCCGUCGCCCGAUGUGGACGAGAUGCUGAAGACGUUGUCGAGGAGCUGCCAGGAGGUCUUGCAGCAAAGUGCCAAGCUCCGCUGCCUGUCGAAGCUUUUGCCCGACCUGGCUGCCAAAGGGCAUCGCACCUUGGUCUUCUCCCAGAGCGUGAAGAUGUUGGACUUGGUUCAGAUCUGUUGCCUCAAACCCAAUGGCCUCCGGUGCUUACGCAUCGAUGGGUUGACCGAAGCACAGGCCCGUGCAGAGAAGGUGGCCAAGUUCAACAACCAGCCCGAGCGAUUUCAGUGUAUGCUGCUGACCACCGCGGUGGGUGGAGUGGGCCUGAACCUCACGGCAGCGGAUCGGGUCGUCCUGGUGGAUCCAGCAUGGAAUCCGGCUACCGAUGCACAGGCCGUGGAUCGCGCAUACCGCAUCGGGCAGACCAAGGAGGUGCGAGUGUAUCGGCUCAUUAUGAGUGGACUGGUGGAAGACAAGAUGUUCCGCCUGCAGGUCUUCAAGAUGGGUCUCACGAGAACGGCGCUGGAAGCCGAUCAGCAACACCGCUACUUCACGGCCCGGUUUGGGAAGCUGUUGGCGGCUGUGACACAGAACAGUCCAGCAAAUGAGCCUUACAUCUCCUACAAGGAGCUGAAGCACAACAUUAGCAAAGUCUCCGUUGUCUGCAGUGGAAAGGAUGAGGAUAACUCCAGUGGAGAUGACCAGCGACCAACUCCGCAGGAGAUCCUUGAGAGUUACGCUGCAUCCUCCUCCUCCUCCGUCCUGGCGGCGAGUUCGAACCCGAAGAUUGUGGGGCCGCAGCAGGAUUUCUUCAGCUUGUUAGAUCAAGACCUCACGGCCGCCCAGCUUUACGUCCAAAGCAACGUGUCGGACGUGGAGGCCAUGCUUGGAGAAUGGCAGGUUGCUGCAGUGAAGGCGGGCUUGAUCUUCACUCCUCAGCAACUGGAGGAGGUCCAGAGGCAGCUUCCUGUACACAUGGAGGAGGACGGAUGGAGGGAUGGAGACUGGCUCUUGUCGUUGACACCGGGUGCCAAGACUCGGGCUGCCAGGUUUGCCUUGGUGGACAAGUACAGCGAUAUCGCCCGGCCUUUGAAUUCAUUGCUGCAGUAUGUCGAGGUCAACCUCACCGCGGUGCGGAAGAUCUUAAAGAAGUUCGACAAGAAGAUCCCACCGGAGUUCCGAAUGCAAAAGGCUUCUGACUACAAGGCCACCGGGUCUCUCCUCAGCACCCCUUCAGGUCCUGAAGACCGCCGUGCAGAUGCAGCGACUGGUCACCGAGACAGUCGCGGAGAGUGUGGACUCGACGGUGCCCAUCUCUCAACUUGGGCCGGAGACCCUCGCGGUGUUGUCCGCGGUGCAGAAGCAUCACGUUUCGGUGGAUGA